AAACUUAGAAGAGUCCAAAGAAUCUGAUCCCGUAAAAAGGCACGAUCACGACCUCAUAUUAGUGAGUAGUAUUAUAAGGAAGAUGCUUCCAGCGAAUUUCCCUGGAGUAUCGAUUAAAAAGCUGAUCAGAAUAGGCAAAAGAGAUGAUGAAUGUUCUAAUCAGCGUAGAUUGCUUAAAGUAGUCUUAGGUUCUCCUGAUGAACGGAAUCAUCUACUGGCUAAUGUACACAACCUUACCGGGUCAGGAAUUUCAGCCAGACCUGAUUUAUCUCUUGAAGACAGACUAAAACGAAAAGAAGUUUUGUCCCAGCUAGAAACAAGACGUAAAAAUGGUGAGACUAACCUUAAACUGGUGGGUUUUCAAAUAGUCAGGUCUUGGAAACGUAUGCUUCCAAGACCUGUGUGGAUAAGCCGGACCUCAUAGGAAGCCUGAAGGUAGUGUACACUAAUAUACGUAGUAUCGGGAACAAAUUUCAUGAGCUAGGUGUAUUAGUGGAAGACCUUAGCCCAAGUAUCGUGGCCAUUACUGAAACAUGGCUGAUUUCUGGAUUAGAUGACACACCUGAGCUAUGCGGAUUUAGUUGCUUGCGCAGCGACAGGGUUAAGGGUCGUAGAGGUGGCGGGGUUGCUCUGUACAUCAACAACUCCCUACAUGUUCGUUCCGUGAAAUCUGAAGCGCAUGACAGUGGGACAAGUGAGGUAAUUAGCUGUGAAUUAAGCUUUGCAACUGGCACUUUACUCAUUGGUGUUCUGUAUAGAAGUCCCUUUUGUCAGUGUGAUGACUUUAUUCUAGAUCACCUCAAACAAUGGAGUAAACACAGUAGCUGUCUUAUUCUAGGUGACUUUAAUGCACCUCAUAUAGACUGGAUAGCUGGCACAUCUCCAGGAUCCACUAAUAAGUUUGACAGCCGGUUACUCUUGACUACCAUGGAAAAUGCCCUGACACAACAUGUCUUAGGUAGUACAAGAUUCGGUUCUACCCAAGGAUCUUCCUUGCUGGACUUAGUGCUUACUCAUGACAAUGACGACGUGGAUGGUCUAGUUAUUCAUCCACCUCUAGCAAACAGUGAUCAUGGGGUGUUAGAUUUUAACUUAAGGGUUGGCAAUUUAGUCAGUUUUCAACCCAAAUCCCGACCUAGUGUUUGGCAUGCUGACAUAGUCUCUAUAAAGGAGCGUGCUUCAACUGCCGACUGGUCAGUCAAUAUUGUCUCAUCCAUUGAAGAUGAAUGGGAUAGAUUUAAGAAAACAGUUGAGAGGGUUACCACUGAUUUCAUUCCCUGGAGGGUUCCUAAAAGACCAACAAACCGGCCACCAUGGAUAAAUAGACAAGCUAUAACACUCCUAAGACGGAGAAAAAGGUUCUGGAAUCUCUUUGUUUCUACUGGGCUACAGCAGUUCCGGCUGAAAUACUGUGAAACCAGAAACCAGUGUAAAACUUUGAUUCACCAGUCAAGGAUAGCUUACGAAACCCAGUUAGUUAAAAGUUCACCAGGCUGCCCAAAAAGACUCUUCUCAUAUAUCAAGAGAAGAACACGUAAGAGUGAUGCUAUCCCACCUCUUAUGCUUGAAGAUGACCAGACAAACAUGGCUGAGGAUAACUUGACUAAGGCUGAGGCUUUGUCCAAGCACUUUAGUCAAGUAUUCUCUGAUAAUAUUGAUACCAGCUUUGUAACUUUUCCAGAAGGUAACUUGAAAAUGGCACCCUUAUACAUUGGAAAGGAUACUGUCCUAAAGUACCUUCUAAGGCUCAAUCCUGGUAAGUCCAGUGGCCCUGAUGAACUCCACCCACGUAUUUUAACAGCAUUGGCUGAAAACAUAGCUGAGCCAUUGUCGGUAAUCUUCAAUAUGUCUCUGGACCAGUCUAAAUGUCCAAGAGACUGGAAAGAUGCCAUCAUUAGUCCGGUCUUCAAAACCGGAUCUAGAAACUUAGUUCAGAACUAUCGUCCUGUUAGUUUAACCAGUAUUGUUGUUAAACUACUGGAAAGAAUAAUUCGUGAUGCUAUCAUUCAGUUCAUUGAAGGGAACAAACUUUUCGCUGUGGAACAGCAUGGUUUUAGAGCAGGUCAUUCUUGCUUGACCAACCUUCUUUUGGCCAGAGAAAGUUGGGCAAGCUCAGCUGAUGCUAAUAUACCGGUGGAUGCCAUAUUCAUCGACCUUAGCAAGGCGUUUGACAGGGUUUCUCAUUCAGGUCUUCUAGUAAAGUUAGGUAGUAUGGGAAUCAAUAAAGUGGUUGCCGACUGGAUUCAAGACUUUCUAAAGGACAGAAGACAAAGAGUACGAGUUAACGGGGUUUUAUCAACAUGGGAAUCGGUUAAGAGUGGCGUUCCUCAGGGUACAAUUCUAGGCCCACUUCUUUUCCUGAUUUAUGUUAAUGAGAUUCCAUCGGUAGUUAGGUCAUCCUGCUUACUGUUUGCUGACGACAUCAAGAUAUGGAGGGCUUUACACGAUGACAGUGAUCAACUUGCUUUGCAGGAAGAUUUAAACUUGUUAAGUGAUUGGUGUAAGCACUGGGCCUUGGAGAUUAACUUAAGCAAGAGUGUAGUUAUGCAUGUAUCUCAUAGUCACGUGCACAAUUACUCAAUGAAUGGCAUUACUCUUCCAGUGGUCACUGAGUACAGGGACUUGGGAGUGGUUGUGCAGCAUGACUUGAAAACAGCAACAAACUGUAGAGCUGCAGCCACUAAAGGUUUUCGAAUAUUAUGGGCCAUACGCAAAGCUUUUGCGAAUUUUGACGCUGAAAUAUUUCGUAUAUUAUAUCCGACUUAUAUCAGACCUCAUUUGGAAUAUGGGAUCCAGGCAGCGAGCCCGUGUUUCAAAUACGAAAUAGACUUAUUAGAAAGGGUGCAAAGAGUAGGAACUAAGCUAAUAAAAGGUUUCUCAACCCUCUCAUAUGAAGAGAGGUUAAGUCGACUGGGUUUAUUUCCACUGUCAUACAGACGACUUAGGGGUGACCUAAUACUAGCAUACCGUAUCCUAAGAAAUGAUUUUGGAGCAAAUUUAUCUAAUUUAUUUCUUCCUUCUAGCACCAACCAAUUGCGAGGACAUCACCUCAAGGUUCAAAAACCACGGUCGAAUCGUCUGCGUUUGGAGAUCCGUUUUUCGCAUCGGAUUGUGAACCAUUGGAACUCCUUACCGGAACACGUCGUAUCAGCGCCAUCCGUUGAUUCAUUCAAGGCGAGAUUGGACCUCCUGUGUGUAACAAAUCGAAAGGAUUAACACAGGCAUAUAGCCUACUAUCCUAAAUAAAUUGUAAACUGUAAACUGUAAACUGAA